AUGUCCAACACUAAAGCCAAUGUGGCCACAUUUGAAGGUCAUCGUAAUCUUAGGUUUCGUUUGAUCCUUGCGACGUUAGCAGGUAAAGCAGUCAAAAUAACGAAGAUCAGGUCCGAUGACAUGGAUCCAGGUUUAAAGGACUACGAGGUGUCAUUCCUCAGACUAUUAGAGUCUGUGACAAAUGGAUCUCAGAUCGAGAUUUCGUACACCGGUACCACUGUCAUCUAUAAACCCGGUAUAAUUAUAGGAGGACAGGUUACCCAUAACUGCCCUACUAAUAAGCCUAUAGGGUAUUACUUGGAGCCUAUGUUGUAUCUUGCACCAUUUUCAAAAAAGAAGUUUUCGGUUGUUUUCAAGGGAUUAACUGCUUCUGACAAAACCAAGGACGCAGGUAUAGAGGCCAUCAAAUGGGGACUUUUACCGUUAAUGGAGAAGUUUGGAGUGAGAGAAGUAUCAUUGCACAUUUUGAAACGGGGUUCACCCCCAUUGGGAGGAGGUGAAGUUCACUUUAUGUGUAACUCGUUAAUUCCUCAACCGAUGACGAUACAUGCUCUUGAAUCUCCAAAAAUUUCGGCCAUCAGAGGUGUUGCUUAUUGCACUCGUGUUUCCCCUUCUACGGUCAAUAGAAUCAUUGACAGUGCGAGAAAUAUAUUGAGACCUACAGGAGUAGAAGUAAAUAUAACGGCCGAUGCAUGGAGAGGUGACAAUUCUGGUAAAUCACCUGGAUUUGGUGUAACUUUAGUUGCCGAGCUGAAAAAGGGAUGGAGAAUCUUAGCUGAGGGUGUUGGUUCUCCAGGAACACUUCCUGAAGAUUUAGGUGAAAGAGCUGCAUACGAACUACUCGAUGAAUUAACCAAGAGUUGUGUUAUUGGAAGAAAUCAAAUUUUAUUAAGUUUGUGCUAUAUGACAAUUGGAAAAGAAGAUAUUGGAAGAUUGAAGUUGCAUAAGGACCAAAUUGAUGACAAUUUUGUGUGGGCUUUACGUGAUAUCAAGAACGUUUUUGGAACGGAAGCUUUCUUGAAAGAUGGUGCCGAGGAAGCGGUGCCUGGUGAAGAGGAUUACAUGACACUUUCCUUAAAAGGUAUAGGAUUCACUAGUGCCUCUAAGAAGAUUGCUUAA